ACUGCGGACAUAGUACAGGAGAUGACCAGAGACUGCGGACAUAGUACAGGAGAUGACCAGAGACUGCGGACACAGUACAGGAGAUGACCAGAGACUGUGGACACAGUACAGGAGACGACCAGAGACUGCGGACACAGUACAGGAGAUGACCAGAGACUGCGGACACAGUACAGAGAUGACCAGAGACUGCGGACACAGUACAGGAGAUGACCAGAGACUGCGGACACAGUACAGGAGAUGACCAGAGACUGCGAACACAGUACAGGAGAUGACCAGAGACUGCGAACACAGUACAGGGGAUGACCAGAGACUGCGGACAACAGUACAGGGGAUGACCAGAGACUGCGGAC